CAUCAAUUUGGUAUUAUUUUGGUCAUCUCUCUCAAGAGUCUCAAACAGAGAAUCAGUGAUCCAUCCAUCCAUGGAUAGACUUGUGAAGCCAGAUGUUAAAGAAAUAACUCUGAAUUUCACCAGAGGCCGCCGCACCUCCGCCACCUUCCGCCUCACCAAUCUCAUGCACACCAUGUCAGUAGCAAUCUCCCUCUCCACCACCAAUCCUUCUUUCUCCUUCACCCACCAUUCUUGCUCCCUCAUCCCUCCUCUCUCCACCGCACCUUUCACUCUCCAAAUCUCUCAACUUUCCGACGAACCUCCCCUUUCAACUCCACCCGACUCCGUCUUUGUCCGAUCGGCCAUGCUUCCGACUGGAAAAGCUACUCAAGAAGAUCUCCGUCGUCUCUUCUCCAAACCCGGCCCUCACGUCUUCAAGGACGCCACCAUUUCAAUCUCUCUCGUGGGUCCUCAUGUAGUUGAAUCUCUUCUUUCACCUCCUUACAAAACCCUAGAAAUCGCUUUCCUACUUUCCAAAGCGAUCUCCGGUUGCGAUGGAUCAGAUCUCAGUUCCCUUCUUCAAUCCGCAGCUAGGAAAGGGAAUUCCACGUUUGUAUCGGCUUUGAUUGACGCCGGAGCCGACGUUAAUCGCCGCGAUUCAGAUGGACAAUCGGCGAUGUCGCUUGCAGUUCAAUCAGGGAAAAUCGAUUGCGUCAAGAUCUUAAUCGAUUCGGGUAAUUACGUAAUCGACCAUUCAUCCGACCGAUUCCUUCACGACGCUGCGGUGAAUUCCGAUCGGGUUGAUUUAAUAGAGCUUCUCCUUUCACGAUUCCCUGACACAGAUCUGAAUUCCGUCGAUUCCAAAGGCAGAACCCCUCUUCACGCGGCGGCGAUCCAUGGCCGUGUUGACAUAAUCAAAACCCUAAUCUCUCACGGAGCCGAUACAGACGCGAUGGAUGGAAAAGGAUGGACCCCUCUUCACUGUACAGCGGCGGAGGGACAUACAGAGGCGGCUAAGAUUCUGAUAAACAAUUCAUGGAUAUCGAAACACGCGAUUACAUCCGACGGGAAGACUGCGUUCGCGUUAGCGAUUGAGAGUGGUCAUAUAACUCUGUAUAAUACGUUGCAUUUGGGAGAUGAAUUGCAAAGGGCUGCGAGAUUGGAGGAUAUUCAUUCGAUGAAGAGUUGUUUAGUUGAAGGAGUUGAUGUGAAUGGAAGAGAUCAGAAUGGAUGGACUGCCCUUCAUAGGGCGGCGUUUAAGGGAAGAAUGGAGAGUGUGAAGUUAUUAAUUGAGCAUGGUGCAGAAGUGAAUGCGGUUGAUGAUGGUGGAAGGACGGCUUUAGAGUUGGCGAUGGAGACGGGUCAUGUUCAAAUUGCGAUGAGGUUGAUGGAUUAUGGAGCUAGAGCUAAUAUGAAGAAGACGAUGAUGAUUGAGAAAGCAGAGGUGGAUGAGAUGAAGAAGAAACAUCAUAUGGAGAAGAUUGUGAUGCAAUGUUGAGUUGUGAUCAGAGGACAAAAAUGGAGGUUUCUUCAUGUUCUUCAUCAUCUUCAUGAUCAUUCUUACAUAUUCAUAAUACUACUACUGUACAUAGUUACAGCUCAAUGUGUAUUUGGAAACACUUAUAAGAGAGUUUUCUUCAAUAAAUUAUAUUGCAAAGUUUAAUAUUG